UAACUGGGAAACAUCAGUAUCGUGAGCUUUUUAGCAUGCUGACGUUUAGCUCAAAGCUUCACAGUGAUGCUUGCAUGGCUGUAGACUCUUGUACCUACAGUAAAUGGUAUUCUCAGAGCAGUAGUGUACUUGUCCCUAAGUGGUAUUUUGCAAGUCAGAAUAUCAGAUGAACUGUAGGUGUUUGUCAUUACAGUUGAUUUAAUCAAGUCUUGAAUAACAUUGUCAAGGAUGCUGGUUUUUGUCUCACUCUUUCCUGAAGAUAUGUUUUUGCUGACUGGUUCCUUCCUGUUUCAUCAGAGGAGACAAUUUGCUGACUGGUUCCUACUUGUUUUACCAGAAACUUAAUGGAUUUAGACAAUAGGAUUCAGGCAGGAUGAGCAGCGAGGCAGAAGGAGGGCGUCGUUGGAGAGGUCAGCAGAGCUACAAAGUGCUGACGAUCCGGAGAGGCAGUAGGAACGCCACGUCCAGCAGAGCAGACCCCAUUAAUCAGCAUGAGUCACAGCCAACACAAACGUUCCUGCGUUUUCUCCGUAUGACGCUGACCUCAGUUGUGCCCUUAGCGAGGACACAUCUGGGCUCUCACUCUCCGGUUUGCUCAAUGGCAUCAUUUCAUCAGAGGAGGUGACAAAGUCGCACUUACGCAAUUUCAUAUGAACACGUAUAGAAACUGUUCACCAUCAAGUUCAACCCAAAACUGUCUCAACUAAUCAAGCCAGAUCUGCUCUGUCAUCACCUGCACAGGCUGAUAAGAAGCCAAACUGCAACACACUUUUAAAGAGUGCUGAAAUAAUGGGAUAAUAAUGAGGAUGUGUGUGUGUGAGUCUAGGUUAAAGAGCCCCCUUCCUCAGUGAUGUGCCCCCGGCUUCCCACCUCCUCUAUACUCUGGCCGUCACUCACCGUUCCCCCACAGCUUCCUGGCAUUGUUCUCUGCUAUGUGUUGUCUGUUUUUACCGUUUCUGCACCAUUCCUACCAGCCGUGUACAUACACACACCAUCAUGCAAGGUAAAACACACCGUCAUAAAGUUAAAGCAAACUAAAACCUGAUGAUAAAAUGAAUUAAGAUCUGUAGAAACCAAUUCACAGACCUGAAGAGAUUGUUGUUGGAAAAAUCUGUUUGUUUUUUUUUGUUUGUUUUUUAUAACGUGUAAGCAGACCAAACUAACUGGGAUCCAGUACUCAUGCAGCUGGACGGAAAUGUGGAUCAGUACAGGCGGACCAUGCCCACAUACUGUAUUUUGGUAUAACCUAUGGUGUGGUGGAAGAAGUAGAAGUAAAAGAUGACUUUAACCCACCCAUGUGCGGAAAGACGAGUGCAAAAAAUACUGAACACUUUGGUCCAGAUUGAAAUAUCUCAACAACUACUGGAUGGAUUGCCAUGCAAUUUUGUAAAGAUAUUCUUGACCCCCAGAAGAUGAAUCCUUGUGUCUUUGGUGACCCUCUGACUUUUCCUUUAGCACCACCAGCAGUCCAAAUUUUUCUCUUCUCCUGGGAAAUAGCUCAACUUUUACUGGAUCGAUUGGCACAAAAUUCGAUACGGACAUUCAUGUCCCCCAGAGGAUGAAUGUGUCUCAGCGAUUAUUGGAAGAAUUGCAAUGAAAUUUCACAUUCAUGCCCCCAAAUUAAUAAUAAUCGCUUUGAUGAUCCCUUAACUUUGUAACUAGUGGUUGUUUUUUUGUGUCUUAUUCUGUUCGUACAAGUUUCUCCCAUCAAUACUGAAUAGACAUUUUGGGAAACACCUUCUAUGUCUGAACUGAACAAAUUUCUUUUUUUUUCAACUGAAUAUAUCACAUUUACUUUAGCUGUGUGGGCGUCCCUGGACCUCUACACCACUUCCCACUGCUGACUGAGCAUGUCCUGUUGGAUCUGUGUGUGUGUGUGGUUGUGUGUGUGUUAAUGAGAAGCGGGAGGGUUUAGACUCCUGGCUGCUUGAUUGCUCAGAUAGCCGUCAACAUCAGAGCUGGAAGGAGUCAUCUGGUGUCUGCAGGCUUCACACGGAAAACUCUCCAGAAGACAGCAAGGUCUCAGGAGGGACCUGCCCUCUUCAUCUCCACUACACUCCUCAUCACAACAAGACCAUGAGCGCUCACGAGCACAACAUAUCGUCGGACCACUUAAAUGGCACGCCGUGGUAUAUCUUUGAAUGCACCCUCCAGCUGGACGUCGCCGGAGACUACCGGCGCAUCGCCCUCUUCCUGAUCUACCUUUUCAUCUUCAUGGUGGGCCUGCUGGAGAACGGGCUGGUCAUCUGGGUCAACUGGCGCCGACGCCACUCGGCCAACGGGGUUCUCUUCUGCAUCAUCAACGUGAGCCUGUCGGACCUGAUGGUGAUCGUCAUCCUGCCUUUCUUCAUGAUGGAGGUGACCAUGGACAAAGUCUGGCUGUGGGGACGCUUCCUCUGCAAGGUCACCAACCUCAUCUACGUGGUCAACUUCUACAGCAGCUCCUUCUUCCUGGCCUUCAUGACCCUGGAGCGCUAUCUGUCCCUGACCAGACCCUCGUUUCCCGCCUUCUUUCCCGUGGUGGGCCGGCGCCGCUGGCUGCUCUGCGGAGGUCUUUGGGUGUUCUCGUUGUUCCUGGCCCUGAUGGAGAACGUCCACGUGGAUAUCCUGGAGUGGGACGAGCCGGGCUGCUACAUGCUGCCCGAGCACAACUUCACCGAAUGGUUCGUCUCUGUGGCUUUCCUUUGCCUGAUCUUCCAGUUCCUGGGCCCCGCUGCCGUCAUCAUCACCUGCAACGUGCUGAUUGCUCGUGCAGUUCAAACGGCGCCGGACGUGCAGGGCCGGCGGGACGUGUGGCUGGUGCACGUGUACUCCCUGGUGUUCGUCGUAUGCUGGCUGCCCUACCACCUGGUCAUGUUCCUGAUGAUCAUAGACGACCUCGACCCCAUGCUCUUCAGCUGCAACGCGGUAGAUAUCCUCUACUUCUCGUUCAGCGUGGUGCAGGGCCUGUCUCUGUUCCACUGCGUCGCCAACCCCAUCCUCUACAACUUCCUCAGCAAGAGCUUCCGCAACAACCUGAUCAACACUGUGGUGAACUACAUACCCAGAGAGGACCAGCUGGUAGCAGGGAUCCAGCCCAACGCUGCCAACGGAGGCGGGGGAGACCCGGAGAAGCAACGCAAGCUAAGUAACGCCAGCACCAGCCAGUCUGAUAUUGGAUCAUAAAAAAAGAAGGUGAGAUAAGAAACGUAAGAGCUUCAGGAGCGAGACGUUUUCUAAGUGAAGAAAGAUUUGACAGAACUGAAACCAGUCUUGGUGCUUCAGAAUACAGAGGCAAAGAUUGAAUGUAUCAUCUCACUCUGAUCAUAGACUUAUUGUGGUGUUUGUUACGCAACUGAUGGGCUCACAGACACCUACUCUCAUAAUCCACUUCCUUUCUUUUUUUUUUUUAUUAUCAUGUAUCUGAUCACAGUUUUAAACCGAGGAAGGCAGGAAAUGUCUGACCUGUUUUUUUCCCCCUAAAAGCUACUCAACUCCCACAGGAACUCAUGGCAACCUCUCAAAUCUCACGGCACAGGAGAAGAAUAGUGCCACACCAGGAAUGUGUGUAAACAAAUCUGCUGUCAGAUAAGAGCACAUAAACAUCUCUUGCCAAUGUGAAAAUGUAACGGUUUUAUUUCAUUACAAAUCAAACAGAUAAAUCAUAAUUCAAAACACA